CAGAACGGCAGAUAAUCCCCACCCCGUCCUUCUCUGUGAGAAACGAACUGUGAUGUCACUCGUCGUACAGACUCGGGGGGAAGCGGGCGGUCUUGUUGCCGCACAUCUCCAGUGUCCCUUCUGUGGUCAUUUCUCCAAAAGCCACGCUCACCAGCUGUCCCACAUGGCUACCACCCACCCCACCUGCCUGGAUGACGUGACGAUGGGUCGCCUGGGCAACAUCCUAAUUUACCAGAGUGGCGCCCAGCUGUUCCACUGUGCAGAGUGUUUUUACACCAGCAGAGACUUCAGCAAAUUGUACCAACACAUCAUCUCCCAACACUGUGUGGAUGAGACGGUGGGAGGCGCUGACGGGGAGGAUGAAGGGAGUGAAAAGGGGGACAAGGAUGUUGACGAGGAAGUGAAAGAAGCCGAUGAAGAAGAGGAUGAGACAUCUCCUCUGGUAAAGAAUAGUGUGGACAGAGAGGAGGAAGCUGAGGGGAAAGAUGAAGAUGGUGUCUCUCAGAGGAUGGAGUCAGUUAAACCAGACAGUGAAGCAGAUAAGACCGUGCUCCUCUUUUCAGAUGGCAUGUACCGCUGCCUGAUCUGCAGCUGGAAAAAUAAGCUGAAAGCUUUAGCCAUCAACCAUGUGGUGCGGAAACAUGGCAUCCCUCGGGUGUAUGUCACCCAAAGGAUCCGACAAGACACCUUCACUGACAUGGACACAUCUUCACCCAAACAUCUGAGCAGCGUAACAGAGGAGGAGGAGGAGGUCGGGCUGAAUGCUGACCUCCUAAAGGAGGAACUGGACAUGACAGCCAAAGUGGUCCAAUUCACCUCCAACCGCUAUGUCUGCCUUAUCUGUGGCUGGAAGACCAAAAUGAAAGGUUUUGUCAUAAGUCACGUGGUGCGUUGCCAUGACGUUAAGCGGCCAUACAGCUGCAAAGACUGCAAUUCCUCCUUCUUCCUGCCCAGCCAACUACAGCAGCACAUCAGAGCAGCUCACCGCCCCGGACGCUUCAUCUGCCCCUUCUGCUGCUUCAGGUCACACGUCCUGGGCGGCUUCCGGAGGCACUGCAGCCGAUGCAACGCCCGCGAGGAGGGGGAAGUUGUAGGACUAGCGAUAGAAGAGGAGGCGAGAGGGGUAGUGAGCGAGGAGGAAACAAAAGCGACUAGAGCUGGGAGAAAAAGAGCACGGAGAUUGAUUGCAGACGGGGACGAGGAGCUGAUGAUGUUAUAACUUGUAAUUUGUUAGGGUUGUUUGUCUGUUUUACAUAACUUAGCUCAGUAAUGAACAUUUAUUGAGUCAAAAAACAAAUCAAAGCCACCAGUCACAUUAAAGUGACAUGGUGAGCCAUCACUUUUUUUCUACAGAAAUUCAAAAGGAAACAAAAACCUGCAAAUCUCACAUCGCACAAUGGUUCGCUAUGAAAAACAGCUAAAGGAGGCAAAGAUGUUUUAGCUUUAUCACAAAGGAAGUGAUCAAGUGCAACAUUUUUUUGUGACCUCUUUACAAUAACUUUCUGCAAUAAAAGAUUCAUGUCAA